CAGGUAAUUAAGAAUGGUUUGGGGCAAUUAUUUGUGCGAUUAUUGUGCAAGAUUUAUUCGACCCUAUUUUUAUGGUGACUUAGUAUGUUGUAAUUUGUGUGGAAAAGUCCUUGAUGAAGAUAAUUUUGGCAAAACUAUGGUACAACAUAAGAGUAAGAAAAUUGAUUCCGCAAUAAAAAAGACAUAUGAAGAAACGAUCAAGGAAAACGUAGAGUAUAAAAAGGAUACAACUUACACAGAGAUACAAGAAGAAUAUAAUUCAAGAAGAGUUUGGUGUGAUCAUUGUGUGAAGUCAAUCAGUCAACCCCACUACUUUGUUAACAAAAUAUGUUGUUGCAUCUGUGGGAAAGUCCUCGACGAUAAUAUCCAUUUUAUCACACGAUAGGUGAAAUUCGAAAAUCCUAAAUAAAGUGAAAGUGUCAUCAUGCACGUGAUGAAAAUUAAUUUCAGAAGAUAGGAGAUUUAUGAAAAAAUAGUUGAAAAUACUAUGAGAAUGCGUAUCACGGAAGGUUGGAGAAUGUGACUAUGUGACAAUUGAAAUAAAAUAAACUAUGCAUUACUUAUGAUCAAUUGAGAUAGUUGCAACAAUUUUAUUUAUUUGUUUGAUAUCAAUUAUUUCCCACAUAUGUUUGUUAUGUUGUUACC